AUGGGGGUUUUAGAAGGUGAGAAACGCUUGUGGAGGAGGCCAUGCAUUGUUUCGUCUGGAGUUGUGCCUGUAUAUGUCGUCGCUGUGCGUGUGAGUCGAGCCACGCUUCAAUCCAUUGCUUCUGUACGGCUUGCUGGGUCUUUCUCACAUUUGUUAUUUGGGGAAAUGAUUGCUUCUAACGCGGCGUUGAGUGGACGCGCGCAGGUGGAGGCGUUUCUGUUUGUGAUUUCGCGUGCCUCACUCUCUUCACCUCGGCUUUUGGUGCGCACGAUUGAGAGGCUUGCCCGGCUUAUUGCUUCGUGCACGCCGGGGCGUGUAGGCAGUACGUCAAAUGCCACCUCGUGGUUAGCAAAACAGUCCCUUUUGAUGCAAUUUAAAACGAUUGGCCUCCACGGAAGCGCAGUCUCUGCCAUCUCCGCCACCGCGGUUCAGAUUGGGUUCCACGGCUGCAUUCUUCUUAAGCACUCCUUCACGGACCCUGAGAUUGCGGCGCAGCAGUUUUCCUACGACGUCGUGACGGCCCUUUCUUCGGGCGCCGCCUCGCUUGUGGGUGGCAGCUGCGGAGCCGUUCUUGGCGCUCUGGUAGUCCCCGGCGUGGGGACGGCGUUGGGCUCCUUCAUUGGCUCCUUUGGGGGCGGUUACUUGCCGUUUUUAUUGCGCCGCAACGGACCGGAGGCGAGGCGGGAGCGGCGGAGAAAAGCCACGGCGGAGUACCGCGACUUUGAAAGGGCGCUGGAGGUCGUUGAGGACGAGGAGGCCGACUGGCUGAUUCUCAUGGACUGCGAGGGAGAGGCGGACUCCAUGUCGUUUGAUCGAAUGAUGGGCGACGACGCGGAGUGGCUGAUGGAACUCCCCACCGUCACCAACGGCGGCAGUUCGCACUGCGAGCAGCGCGAAGACCCACGAGACGAGCGGCAGGAGCUGGGCGCGGUGGCAAACGACAGCGACGAGUUUGUGGAUUUUGUCGAUGUCGGUGCACUCGAAUAA